CGCGCGCUGGGGCCGUCGUGCCCGCGCGGUUCUCGAUGAACCCGGCAUUACACGGCAGAAGCUACGCCUCGGCGUCUGCCGUCCCGCAGUUCAACUGGGAGGACCCGCUCGGAUCCAGGAACUUAUUGACCGAGGAGGAGCUGGCCGUCUCGGAGACGGCGGAGCGGUACUGUCAGGAACAGUUGCUACCGCGGGUGCUUCAGGCUUACCGGGAUGAGCACUACGACCCCAAGAUCCUCCGGGAGAUGGGCGAGCUCGGCCUCCUGGGCGCCACCAUCAACGGAUACGGCUGUGCCGGCGUGUCCACCGUCGCCGGCGCCCUGAUCACGCGCGCCGUCGAGCGCGUCGACAGCGGCUACCGCAGCAGCAUGUCGGUCCAGUCGUCGCUGGUCAUGGGUGCCAUCCACGACUUUGGAUCGGCCGAGCAGAAGGAGAAGUAUCUCCCCGAGAUGGCCCAGGGCAAGAUCAUCGGCGCCUUCGGCCUGACGGAGCCCAACCACGGCAGCGAUCCCGGCUCAAUGGAAGCCAUUGCACGCGAGCACCCCCACAAGAACGGCUACUACCUGCUCAAAGGGUCCAAGACGUGGAUCACGAACUCGCCCAUUGCCGAUGUGCUCGUUGUGUGGGCAAAGCUGCAGGCGACCGGUAAGAUCCGCGGCUUUCUGGUCGACAGGAAGACGUGUCCGCCGGGGACGCUGGAAACACCGGCCAUCAAGAACAAGACCGGCCUGCGCGCCUCCAUCACGGGCAUGAUCCACCUCGAAGACUGCCCCGUGCCGCAGGAGAACAUGCUCCCCGAGGUCGAGGGUCUCAAGGGGCCCUUCACCUGUCUCAACAGCGCCCGCUACGGCAUCGCCCUCGGCGUCAUGGGGGCGCUUGAGGACUGCGUCGCCCGGGCCCGGGCCUACGCCCUCGAGCGCAGGCAGUUCAAGGGCAACCCGCUCGCCAAGUACCAGCUGGUCCAGAAGAAGCUGGCGGACGCGGCCACGGACGCCGCCUACGGCACCCUCGCGGCCAUCCAGGUCGGCCGGCUCAAGGACCAGGGCAAGGCGACGCCCGAGAUGAUCAGCAUGGUCAAGCGCCAGAAUUGCGACCGGGCGCUCCACAACGCACGCGUGCUGCAGGAGAUCUUCGGCGGCAACGCCGUCAGCGACGAGUACGGCGUCGGCCGCCACGUGGCCAACCUCUACGUCACGCAGACCUACGAAGGGCAGAGCGACAUCCACACCCUCAUUCUGGGACGGGCUAUCACGGGAAUUCAGGCCUUUGUCUAGCGUGGUUGGAGGGCCACGAUCGGCUGAGGAGGUCACGGAGGCGGGACGGACCCGAUCGAUACCGUGUUUUCGUCUUGCCGCAAUGCGCGGUCGGUAGACUCGCCAAACAAACCUUCCUAUACUACUAUACUCCGCAAACACGUCAACGAGUCCCACAUCGGAG